GGAUUGAGUGUAAAAGCCAGCCUGCCCCCUCCAGCAAUACAUCACCGGGCUAGGCUCUGCCUGAAUGAGACUUGGAUCAUAAGACUGCAACCAGAAGAAAGUUUACACAGCGACUAUUCAUGAGAAAAAGCUGAACAAUAUCACACCGCACGGUAUGGAGCUACAAUAACUACUACCCAAGCAUCCGCUGCAACACUGCACAUUUGGAUGAGACGCCAUCUUCAUAGAUUCUUGAACUUUGGAUGAUGAAUACUCACAAGAAGGAGAUGGAGUUUCUAAGUAACAGCAUAGCAGCGUAUGCUCAUAUUAGAGAAAACCCGGAGUCAUUUGGGCUUUACUUUGUUCUUGGGGUUUGUUUCGGGCUAAUUUUAACGCUCUGUAUGCUGGUCAUCCGUAUUUCUUGCAAACCACGGACUCCCAAUCUUCCUCCGAAACCCAAGAAAACUCCUCCAAAAGACUGUAUUAAAGAGCCCCUGUCUAUGACAAGGGAUGAGGAGGAUCCAGAAAGCGACGACAAUGAGGACACUUUUAUUUUGACUCCUGUGACAGAUACCUCACUAGGAAGCCAGCCGCCUCUGGAUGGUACACUGACAGUGAAUGUAUUCACAUCAGCAGAAGAGCUGGAGAGGGCCCAAAGACUUGAGGAACGUGAGAGGAUAAUUCGAGAGAUAUGGCGAAAUGGGCAGCCUGAUAUUCUGGGUACAGGGACUGGCACCAUAGGUCGUGUGCAUUACUAUUAGUGGUGAUGUGGAAAAACUCCAUAAAUUACAAGCUGGUGCUGUUCCUCAAACUAAAUGGCAACUAACCUCCCAGGAUUAAAAGGACAGAGAUCGUUCAGAUAUCCUGCUGAUGCUGGCACCCAGGAUCAUAUAACUAUAUGAUAGUGUAUUAGUAUUAUAGUAGCUGAAUAGCUGGAGAAACCUGGUAACGGUGCCAAUGGUUGAUGUCCCACAGUGGGCAAAAACUAUAUGGAGUGACAUUAAUCUGAAGUGGAGUGACUUACUUUAGUGGACACAGAGCCAAUAGCUGGACACUCGCUAAUCAUUGGUGCCAGUGUCUGUAUCCAUUGUGUAUGUAUUCCUGAAAAGACAUGGGCAGUUUCUAACUUUAAUACUGGGUCAUCAGUAUCUGAUCAGUUGGGGGUCAGAUACCCAGGAUACCCACAGAUCAGUUGUUUGAGAAGGCACCAGUACUCCUGUGAGCGCCGUGGCCUUCUCCCUGCUCACCAAGCACAGUGCCGCAUAUUAUAUAGUGGCUGUGCUUGGUAUCGUCCUGAGCCACAUUCACUUCUAUGGAGCUGAGCUGUGUCUAGGCCACGUGACCGAUGAAAGUGUUGUCACUGGCCAAGGAAAAGCUGAGAGAAGGCCACGGCCCAGAAGAUAGGUCAUCAGUAUUAAAGGCUCGGAAAACCCCUUUAACUUUUGAGAUGACUAUCAUAUAUUUGUCUUACUUUCAUGAAAGAUCUAGAAGCUCAGGAUUUGUGUAACCCAAACCCAGGGUUAUAACAUGUUACUUCCACAUGAGGGCACACUCAUGAGUUUAUACUACAGUCUAUACAUUCUUUAUCAUACGAUCAAAGUAUGGCGAGGUCUCUAUUAAAAGUCCAAGCUAGGUGCAAUAUGUAGAUAUACUCGCAGGUACGCAGCAUGCAUUAUAAAGUGAAUGCUAUUGGGGGAUUCAGCUUAUGAUACCUAUUGACCCAUGUAUGUAAAGAGCACAUGAAAAUAUAGCUCUAGGUUUAUAACUUGGAUGUAAUUUAUGGCUCUAGAUGAGGUUCAGCAUUGCAUUGGGAUUAACUGCAUACAUGCUGGAUUUGCAGGGAUGGAUAUAACCACAUUUCGAUGGUGAUCAGAUGCCUUAUAUGUACAUAUCUGCUCCCUGCUUAGCAGUCUACUGCAGGCCUGCUGCUGCUCAAGGGUUAAGAAGUCUGCAAUUUAUUACAGGACUUUCUGGCCUCUUGCUUUGAAAACAUCUGUUUUUCUUCUCGUUCCCCCACAGUGUGGGAACUUUGGUGCUUUAAGUUUCAUUCCUGAAUCUUCCCCCGAGGUUAAAAGAACAUUCCACAUUAACAGUAAAUACUGCCGCAAGGGGAAAGACAGGAAGUGAUGUUACUUUUCUUUUGUGCUGAUGUAUCUUAUUUUUGUACAAGUCAACACAAUAUUAGAUUUGCAUAUGUAGCUUUAGAUGUGCAUGUAUGGCAGUGUGACAUGUGUGCAUUUUUUUCCCCAUGUAAAUAUUAUAAAGCAAGACUGGGUUUAAAAUAAAGCCAAGAUGUGCAAAUCAUCUUAGAUAGUCAUUGCAUAGGUUGAACCAGGGAUGCCCAACCUGCGGCCCUCCAUCUGUUGCAAAACUGCAACUCCCAGCAUGUUUGGACAGCCUACAACUGUCGGUUUACAGCAGGGCAUUGUGGGAGUUGUAGUUUUUGCAACAGCUGGAGGGCCGCAGGUUGCGUUAAACUAUAUAAAGCAAGUCCACAGAUUGAAGAUCACAAAAUCGAUGCUACCAUUGUACGUAGAAUCGCCCCAUAAUGAAAUCAAGCUCAUCCUUUGACAGACUGCCGUUUCAGCAUAUAAGAAUUCUGGUCCUGGUCUAUAUGCUGACUACUGUCUCACUAGGCAGAAGUCAUUGUGAAUAUUGUGGUCCAAUCUUGUGCACUGUAGCUCCACAUGGCUUUAUGCUACCGCUGGCCUUUAAAGCUUGUUAUAAUGGAACACAUGAUUGCAGAGGACAUAAAAAAUUAGUAAGAGGCCAUGGCCUAACAAGGUAACGUUCCAGUGUUGAUGAGCUAUGAAGAUGUUGGAGGCAUGUCUUGAGCAGAGUUGGAAGUUAGGGGCCUUGAUGCAAUAUUAACCUGUCUCCACUUGCAGCACAACCUUUCUGUAACUUUUAGAAGUAUAAUUACUCCUAAAUAACUGCCUUCUAUUACUCAAACCAUCCCAUGUGAAUACUCUAGUCGCUUCCUUCUCUCCAGCUGUCAAUGACCUCUCAUAUUGUGACCAUGUUUUCUAUACUGUACAUGUAAUAGACACAUGGGGAAAGUUAUUGAUUAUGGUUAUUGAUUAUUGAUAUUAUUAUUAUUUAUCUAGCUAAAAUGGUUGCAAAAUUUUUUGGACAUCAUAUUUGUUCUAAAAUUUGCAACUUUUCCCCCAACUUGACUCUCUAAGCAAGACAGGGUGGGACCAGAAACAUUCUGACAUAUUUAUCAAUUCUAAAGGCAGAACAUGGUAGACACUUAAAGAGGUUCACCAGGAAUAAUUUAAAUGGCUGCAAGCAACCUGUCCUAGAAUCUGAGCAGGACUGGUUCCCUUGGGGGGGAGGGGGCAGGGACUCAUUACACAGUGCGCUCUUACACUGACAUACCUACACAUUGGUGAACAUUCCUGUCAGGCUGCUCAGCCAUGAUGGCAUAUCGUAGGCAGUAUCACAUCAUUACCAUCUAUUGUAGAGCAGUGUAGUGAUGCCACACUGCGUCACCAUCUCCCCAGGCAGCUCUGCAGGUCGUGGUAGCCAUUCCUGCUCACAUUCUAGGACAGGUUGCUGGUGGCCAUUUUAAGUCAUUCCUGAAGAACCCAUUGCUUGGUUAUUGCACACACUGCUAGGUACCACGGGAAUAAGAGGGGCAGAUUAAAAAAAACAACUAUAAAGUUACGCUAGGCUGAGAGAGAAGUGAAGAGAUAUUGUAUGCUGAUGCCUAUUAUCAUCAUGAGCUGUGAAUGUGUGAGGGGAAAGCAUACAGUAUAUGUUAAUGUGCUAAGUGAGGAACGGUAUGUGAAAAGAAUGUGUCUUUGCUUGGAGUGCGAAAAUUUUGAUGAAUCUGGUUGGACAGUAUUGAUGGUAUGUUGUGUAUAUUAGCUAUGUGCAAAGGCAAAUUUGUAUUUAUGUUCAUGUGAUGUGACUAAUGGGGAGAUGAAUGAUGGUGCAUGUCUUCUUCUGGUCAGUAUACUGCAAUGGAAAGGGGUUCCUAGUAUUGUAUAAUUUCUUAUAAAUUUAGUCCAUUGAAAAUAAUUAUGAAAAAUUGACACUUUAUACGUAGUAUUUUAUGAAGUCUGAUUAUAAAUUUAAUGCCAUAGUCCUAUUUUACAUAUGCUGGAAAUUCUAUUAAAAUGUUCUCAAACUA